CCGUCUCAAAAAGCUCGUGCGCCAGUUCCGCACUGAGUGUUAAACACUCGUGCAGUUUUUUAAGAUGGAACACAUUACACUGGAAUUGUGCAAACACGUAGUGGUAGAUGGAACACGCAAUUGGCACUCGGUGCGCCCUCAGUGCAAUAGUGCAACUAGGUGGAAAACGAUAUAAGCUUUAUAGACGUUUUUGAGAUAAUCUUAUUUUUUAAUUAGUUGACUUUCUUUCUACCAAAUAACAACCAAUUUAAACACCCAUCUGCCAGCUAUCCACAAUGGGGAUUACGAUGGUUGACUGUUUGAAUAACGUCAUGGUUAGACAAUUCAUGUGUGCAACUCAACUCGCAGCAAUCAAUUUCAAAAAUAUAUCAAAAGAAGUUGAUUUUAUAUUAAUGAUCCUGUCACAUCCAAUUUUGCAGAAAUACCCACUGAAAACUCUGUACAUCACUACAUUUUUGAAAACAAUUAUUAUUCAAGAUGAGCUAAAAUAUAAGCAGUUGAAAUCUAUCAUGAAGUAUAAAGACCCCUGUCUAAUUUCUGAUUUCUAGAGCAAUAUUAGCAGUUUUACUUGUUCUUCCCAAAUCCUUCUAUGAAAACAAAUCUUUCGAAUAUUCAUGAUAUUGCUUAUUUUGAUCACUAAUGUAUUGAUGGAAAAUAAUGGAAAUGAAUUGAGUGAUGACUUAUAUUUAAAGUACGUUGAACUCAUCCAAAAUCAAUCUAAUGAAGGACCUUUUUACAAACACUAUAUACUUGAUAAUAAUAUUAGUAACGAGUUAACAGAGUCUGUCAUAACCAUCCAAGAAAGUACCAGUAUCGUUUCCCAAGGAACUACAGGACUCUGCACGUGGCAGGCAGGUAUAGCACUAAGCUGUUGGUGUUUGAAAAAUCAAGAUAUACUCAAAGAUAAAUUUGUUAUCGAGUUGGGUUGUGGAACUGGGUUGAGUGGAAUAAGCGCUUGUUUAAAUUGUAGUCCAAGCGAAUAUUGGUUUACAGAUUGUCACUCAGCCGUUUUAAACACCUUAAAACACAAUAUACAAAUUAAUGAAACACAUCAUAAAUUCAAUUGUAAAUAUGAUAUUAUUCAACUAUCUUGGAAUGAUAUAGAAGAUUUAAAAUUGUUUGAAAAGAAAAAACCAGAUUUAGUUCUAGCAGCUGAUGUGAUAUUUGAUGAUACGAUGUUUGAACCAUUAUGUAGUACGUUAAAAUAUUUUACAAUCAAUAUUACAACCGAAAUAAUACUGUUUUGUACAUUGAGAAAUUCUGAGACUUAUACAAAGUUCCUUGCAACUCUAAAAAAGUACGACCUACAUUUUGCACAAAGUGUCUUACCUGACAAUUACUCAAUUGUGUUACAACAAAAUUGUCCAAUAUAUAUAAUACGUGUAAAACAAAAUGCAGUCAUGUCUAAAUAUAAUAUAUUAUAGUUAAUUAUAAAUCAUUAGUACAAUGUUUAUAUUAUAAAUAAAUAUUUCUUUGAACUAUUCUUCACCACACAUACUGGACUCAAAAAA